AUGGAGCUUUUGGCUCGGCUCGAAGGGUCUCAGGAGCUGCAGAGCAGGACUCGGAGUGAGCAGCAGAAGCUGGAGUCAGAAAUCAGCAGCCUGAGGGACCAGCUUGCUGACUUACAGGAUUCCUUCGCCAAAUGCGAACUGGUCAGAGAAGAGCUGGGGAGCACAGUCAAGCAACAAGAGACCAGCAUCCAAAACUUUACAUUCCGCUGUGAACAGCUCGAGGCUGACCUGCAAGCUUCCAAGGACCUAACGAAUAAGCUGCAUGAAGAAACCAGUGCCAAGGAUCAGAAGAUCAUCAGCUUGCUGUCUGCCAAAGAGGAAGCGGUUAUGGCUGCGGUGUCUGAACUGCAGCAGCAGCAUUCUGGAGAGGUGAAGGAGCUGGAGCAUAGGCUGAGCAAGGAGGAAGAAGAGAAAAAAGCCUUGGAGAAGGAGAAGGGCAAAUUUCUUGACAGACUUGAUCGUCUCGCUGAAAAGGUGAAGGUGAGCAGGGAAGAAAGCAAGCAGCAGAAGGCACAACUGGAGUCCUUCACCAAGUCCAUGUCGUCGUUGCAAGAUGACAGAGACCGCGUCCUGCGAGACUACAAGCAGCUCGAGGAGCGUCACCUUGUUGUCAUCUUGGAAAAAGACCAGCUGAUCCAAGAGGCUGCUGCUGAGAACAACAAGCUCAGGGAAGAGAUCAGAAGCUUUCACAGCCGGGUGGAUGACCUCAACUCCGAGAACGCCAAGCUGAGCGCGGAGCUGGUGCGGUACAGAGAGGACCUGAACCAAGUGAUUUCAAUCAAGGACUCCCAACAGAAACAGCUCCUCAAAACACAGCUUCAACGGAUCCAGACUCUGGAAAAGGAGAAGGCAGCUGUGGAAACGCAGCUGAAGGAGUCCGAGCAGGCUCAGGAUGAUCUCAGGAAGUGCGUGGAGGCCUUGAGAGAGGAUAAAGCCAGUAUGUCCCAAGAGAUUGAGACCCUUACAUCCUCUCUGUCUGGCGUGCAGAGUGAGAUGGCUGCGUUGCAUGAGGGGGGUCCUGUGGCGCAGUGUCAAGCUCAGCUGAAGGCUCGAGAGGAAGAGGCACAAGAGCUGAGUCACAAGCUCUCCCUCUCGCAGAAAAGAACCGCAGAACUCGAGGAGGAACUGGUGUGUGUCCAAAGGGACGCAGCCAAGAGAGUGGGAGAGGCUGAGGACAGGCUUCGGAAGGAGCUGAAGCACCUACAUCACGAUGCAGGGAUAAUGAGGAAUGAGACGGAGACGGCGGAAGAGAGAGUGGCGGAGCUGGCCCGGGACUUGAUGGAAAUGGAGCAGAAAUUUUUUGCGGUCGCGGAUGAAAACAAAGAUCUCAGAGCUCAAAUUCAGUCUUUUGGGAAGUCCAUGAGCUCUCUGCAGGACAGCCGGGACCAGGCCAAUGAAGAGCUUCGUGUCUGGAAACAGAAAUACUCUGCAGACUUAGAGGAGCAGCAGCACCUGGUGCAGAGCCUCCAGCAAGAGGUGGCUCAGCUGCAAGAAGAGCGACAUUUCACUGCCAGGGACCGAGACGCAGCGAGGUCUGAGCUGACGGAACUGCAGAAAGCCGCUGAUGAAAGGGGUCUCUUGGCCCAGGUUGAGAAACUCCACCAGAAGCUCAGAGCCAAGGACGAUGAGCUUCUCCGUUUGUCUUCAGAGCUGGAAGGCUCUUCCAACCAAGUAAGAGAGCUGAAGAACCUGCAGCAGCAAUACAUUCUGGUCGGGGUAGAGUCUGCUGAGAACUCUCGCCUAAAAGCACAACUGCAGGAAUGUCAGCAAGACUCGGAUAGGCAGCGGCGUCUCCAGGAGCAGCUGAAGCAAGAAAGCGUUUCCUACCAGCAGGAGCUGCAGCAGCUCAGGUGA